AUGUGGUCAAAAAUAUUCACAACUGUUAAAUACACGCUGGUUACAGUGAAUUUCCUUUUUUUGAUAACUGGUAUAGUUAUAUUAUCUGUGGGUAGUUCAGUGCAAUCAGCCUAUAAUGGUUACCAUGAAUUUCUUUCGGAGCGAUUCUUCUCUUUGCCAGCGUUUUGUAUCGCAACUGGAGUCAUCAUUUUCCUUAUUUCCUUCUUCGGCUUCUAUGGAGCUUACACGGAAAAUUAUUACAUGAAUAUGACGUUUGCCGGAUCAAUGAUAUUGAUGUUUAUAUUCCAACUAUCUGCAUGCAUUGCUGGGUACGUGUUGAAGGGUCACACGGUGGCUUUGGUGCAGCAGACGUUGAUGAGCACGAUGGAUCUUUAUGGUGCCGAUAAAAACUUCGAGGUGACCAAGUUGUGGGAUGAAGUGCAAGAGGAUUUCACCUGCUGUGGCGUAGUAAACUCUAGCGAUUGGUUGGUCCCUCUGGGUACAGUCGAGUCAAAGGGUUUGCCGGUGAGCUGUUGUGACCACGUGUACGGCACAGUACAGACUUUCACCUGCAACGUCACCGUCGCGUACAAUACCGGUUGUUCCGAUGCCUUCGGUUCCUGGGUGAAGUCGCAUGCCGCUGCUAUCGGCGUUACUGGAAUUUUCUUAGUGUUAUUGCAGGCUUUGGCGGUUGCGGGCGCAGUUUGGUUGGCCAAGAUAUCAAGACAGGACCAUAUGUACCCUUAA